UUUCGUUAAACCCCUCGGUGCGCGAAUGGAUUGAACCAGCGGUCAACGGAGCGCGCGCGUUCUCGCUAUCUGUCACACGACAUGCGGAGGCACGACAGAUAAAUGUUUGUGGCUGGUAGUUGGCAAACAGUUCAAGCGAAUACAGCACACACUCAGUUUGGUUUGCCCGCUGCAUUCCUCAAAGGCAUAUUUAUUUUUGUGGAAUUAAUCGGGAGGAUUAUAUCGCAGGUACGCGUGGAGAUAGUAUUAUUUUGGGAUAGUAUUUGCUGGAUAGGAAUGGUGUUGGGACGAGGAGGCCCUGUAGAUGUGUGUCAUGAAGCUUCUCAACGCCUGUGUGACCUCUUAAAGGGAGUGCUCUCUUAUUGAAAAUGAUGAUGCAUAAGCAGUCGUCCUGUACCUCGCCGGGCAGCGUUUGUUCUCUGCGUGGAGGAGGUGUUCCUGGAUCCCCGGCGGUCACUGUAGUGGCCAAAAUGGACAAUCAAGUGAUUGGGUAUAAGGAUCUAGCGGCUAUACCUAAAGACAAGGCCAUUCUGGACAUAGAGAGGCCUGACCUGAUGAUUUAUGAGCCCCACUUCAGCUAUUCACCGAUGGAGAGGUCAUUAUCUCCUCGUUCAAUCUCUCCUCCUCUAUCUCCAGAGAGCAGUCUAUCAAAGGAUGUCUAUCAGAGGGAUUGGUCAGAGCCCAAGUCAUCAGGCAGCUCGUCUCCAGCGUCCACACAGCUGAGUAAAAGCAUCACCGUCAGCACUAAAGUCCCACACCAGCAACAGCACUUCCACAGGCCAGACAAUGGAACCAAUAUAUACAAGAAGCCACCAAUAUAUAAACAAGAUGUCUCAGCAGCCGUUCCACACAGUAAACACAUGAUGGAUUUAAUCAUCGAGUCGUCAAAGUUUCCCGCCGCACAACCUCCAGACCCCAACCAGCCCGCUAAGAUAGAGAUGGACUACUGGCCCUGCCCUCCCUCGCUAGCUGUUAUAGAGAAAGAGCGAAGGAAGAAUGUGGCAUCCAAGAUGGCUGAGGAAGAGGAGGGUGAGGAGGAUGAUACGUAUGAUGACAGCGAUCUGUCUGAAGACAUGUGGAGACUUCGGCAGAUGCAGAAACAGGAGCUCAACAAGAUUCAGUCCAAUCUAGGAAAACUGAUACUGAAGGAGGAGAUUGAGAGAUCGGCCCCUGUCCGAAGGAAAACACGGUCUCUGCCCGACAGGACACACAUGCAUCUGGCCUCCAAGUCCCCCUCAUUCCCUUCCUACACUAAGACUGGCCUGACUAGGCUCCAGUCUGCAGAGUUCUCCUCUUCAAACACUGAUAAAGAGAGUCAAAGUAAGUGUGGGGAUUAUUACAUUACAUUUCUAUUCUAUUCUAUUUAUACUACAAAGAGUUCCAGUAUUAAAAGUCAUAAUUCUAUUCUACUCUAUUUCCAGAAUGGAGAUGCCCAAAGCAGAAGGAUCGACAGAGGGAAUUCACUCCCUAGUAUGCUGGAACUAAAGAUUUACCCGUAUGAGAUGCUCAUUGUGACUCACAGAGGCAGAAACAAACUCCCUCCUGGUGUAGACAGGACAAGACUGGAGAGACACCUGUCACCUGAGGAAUUCCAGAAUGUCUUUGGAAUGUCCAGUGAGGAAUUCGACCGACUCUCCCUUUGGAAGAGGAACGACCUGAAAAAGAAAGUCUCUCUCUUCUAGUAGUCGGAGAAAUACAUUCUUUUACAAACACUGUCACGUCUGCACUUCCGCGUGUGAAAACAGUACAGGCGAUGCAAGUUAAGGAAAGAUGAGGAAUGGGAUUUUAGAGCCAGCCAAACAAAGCAAAAACAGUUAUCACUAUCGUUUGAUAAGCCCCAUAUCUUAUUGCAGCUAACAGUCUUUGAUGACGUAUCAGGACUUCACUGAGGUUAGCAAGUCCUUCUGUGUGUGUGCUUAGUGAAGCUAUAAUGAUAUACACAGAUAUGAAUGCUGUGAAUACAUAUGAAGCAGACAUGAAUCAGUUAUUUCAGCAGGCAAAAUCCUGACAUCCAGAUAGACCAACACGAGCCUGUGAGUUAAAAUCACUGCCACAGUUUCCAGCCUCUAUGUGCUGCGCAUGAAUGAACAAUCCUUUAGAAUAUGGGCCAAUGACAUUUUUUGUUCAGAUUUAUUAAUUAGGUAAAAAUAGAUUAAUAAUUCAGUUAUACAAGCAAAGACUUGAAUGCACUUCUUCUAUGAUGAGCAUGAUUUUCACUUCUGAAUUAUAAUGCACAAUUAAAUUCAUGAAAAUCCAAACAAAUGUCAUGGUAACACAACUAUCCUGAUAUAAAGACAAAAAAAGGAUGAAAUAUAAAAAAGUCAUGUAGUCUAACCAUAAAAAACUUAAUUCUAAAUGGAAAUUAUUAUUGAACAAUAGAAAUUAAUAAAAUAUCAAAUAAUUAAAACAAAUUUUAUGAUGCCAUAGUUGGUGUAACUGCAAAAUAUUCAUUACAAUUACGAAUUAUAAUUCAUGAAAUUUCUUUCAUGAAUCAUAUUUGUACAUAUAAUAAUAAAAAAAAUUAAAAAUAAAAAAAUAUAUAUUCUUUAUGCUGGACAGUGUUAUUUGUCAUUGGCUCAUAUUUGUAAAAGCAGCUCAGUGCAUUUUAAUUCAGUAAAUCAGCUAUUGCUGAUAAUUUAGAAAUGAGUAGAAUUUAUAGUAGAGACUCGAGACGCACAUGUUGCACACCUCAGUGCUUACACCUGAACACCACUGAUGCAAAUACCAGCGGUACAACAUACAGGCAUAACAAUAAUUCCCAUGUCAACAGCUGAUAAGAGUUACUGUACAUGAGUGAGAGUUUACUGAAUGUGUGAUAUGAGACGUCUGAAUCCUGCAGGGCAAAUGUGUCCUGCUCUUCUUCAGUGAUGAUGGAUUGUGAACUGGGCAUGUGAUCAAUAUUUCUCCUCUUCCGCAGGAUGUAUUGAUCAAACAUUGCACUCGCUCACUCUUUCCUAUCGUCUUAUUCUCCCCCUCCUUCACAUUUUGCUGCUAUUGCCUUUUAAAGCACCUUUACUGUUUUGGUUCUUUCCUCUUUUGUUCUUGACAGAUGGAAAUGUUUUUUUUAUAGUGUUCCUGUUUUAUAGGAUAAGGAAAGGUUAGGAUGUAAAGGGAUUUCAGAUGUUAGCACCUGAUGGUCGCUGUGAGCCUGAUGGAUGGAUUUUGCAGCCCUGGUUUUUGCUUUCUAUAUAUUUACAGAGACAGGGUUGAGCAGAAUUCAGAGUUUAACAACUGACUUCUUUUCAAUUCAUGAAUGUGAUUUUUUAUUUUUAUUUCAUUGGUCAUGACCCACAGGAUAUUAUUUAACACAUCUUGUUUACACACACACACACAUAUACAUAUACAUGUACACACACACACACACACACACACACAGUAUAUAUUAAAUGAAUUAAUUAAUUCAAUCAAUGUGAUUAUGGAAUGAUAAUAUAGAAUGUAUAAAAUAAGUCAUAUGAUUUUUAUUUCAUUUUAAUUGUUUGUUUUAAAAUAAAAAAAAAAAACCCAAGUGUAAUUUGAAAGGUAUCUCCAAGUGUGUUCUGAGUGACUGAUAUUCCUCUUGCCCACAUCAGUAUUAAAUAUUCACUUCUGUGCUUUUAUUACUUUAAUGACCAAAUGAAGUGCUUGGAUCGAGUGCAUGCUUUAAAUCCGGAGUUUGUACCUCACAAAACACAACAGGAAUGGAAUCAGAACAAAACAAUCGCUAAAAAGCAACAUGUAUAUCAUCUUGAGAAUGUGCAGUAGAAGUACAGCAAUAGACAUUUCAAAUUCAUUUUUGUAGAAGUACUGCUCAAAAUGAAAUGUGUGACUCUGCUGGCGAGAGAAAUGCAUAUUAAAAUGUUUUCUUGUGUGAUGGAAGGCGCACAAACUCACAGUGAUCAAAUGAUCUUCACAAUAAUCAUGAAUUUAUGCUACUUAUCGGUCAUGACUUUUUACAGUGGAAGCUUAAGGUUGUGUUUUUCUGCUCUGGAAAUAUGUGUUGCUUCAGAAGUCAGGCUUUCUUUAUGAAAUGCAUUUUGUUAGGAAUUUUUUUUUCUGCGUUACUACAUCCUAAAGCACUUGAUUCACUCUUCCACACCUUCGAAUGAUGAAUGUUUUUACAAUAAGAAAAUAUGCUCUUUUAACUCACAUGUACAAUGCAUCUGACCAUUUUCAUGUGAAAAAUUUUCAAAAUAUGAACAUUUACUCAUUUUUCUCUACUUCAUCAAUAGUGGUUUUCUUCUUUACUUUUUUUAUUUGAAAGUUUGAUGAAUGGGGAAAAAAUAUAAAUAAAAUGGAUUUAUUAAAGGGAGUGUAUUGUUAUGAUUUUAUUAAUAAUAAUUGCAGUGGUAGCGUUGUUGCAUUAUUUUGAUUUGUUAGUGGUUCACUAAUGUUUUUAACAAAUAAUUUGAAUGAAUAUUCAGUUCAAUAAAGUUAAUGUUUUUAACAGCA